AUGCGGGAUCUGUCAGAAAUCAUCGAACAAGAGGAACUGCACAUGGUCAAACUGCUAUUGGAAGAUAUGCGACUCCAGGGCAUCGAAUGGACCUUCAUUGAUUUUGGUCUGGAUCUCCAGGCUUGCAUUGACAUGAUUGAAAAGCCCAUGGGCGUAUUCGCCAUUCUUGAGGAGGAAUCUAUGUUCCCCAAGGCCACAGACAUGACCUUCCUGGACAAGAUGCAGGUCAAUCAUCUUGGUAAAUCCAAGAGCUUCUCCAAGCCGAGACCGCCGAAGGCAGGACAGCAGGAGGCUCACUUCGGAAUCUUCCACUACGCUGGCGUUGUCAACUACAACGUUGACCACUGGCUGGAAAAGAACAAGGAUCCCAUCAACGACACCGUGGCAGUCACAUUCGCCAAGUCGCAUGGAAACCUACUGCUUGCGCAUCUGUUUGCUGACAAGCUGGUGUCUGAUGAGGACACUGGUGGAAAGGGAAAAAGGAAGAAGGGAUCCGCCUUCCAGACCGUAUCCGCUCUCUACAGAGAACAACUGAACAAGUUGAUGGGGGCCCUGCAUGCCACGGCUCCUCACUUUGUGCGCUGCAUCAUCCCCAACGAGAACAAGGAAGGAGGUGUUCUUGAUGCCGCACUGGUCAUGAACCAACUGACCUGCAACGGUGUACUGGAAGGAAUUGCGCUCUUCCAACUGACUCGGUUUCUGAAUCACCUAGCUAUGUAA